UUUCAAGUUAGUAACAUGAAUUUUCAAGUUAGUAACAUGAAUUUUCAAGUUAGUAUGUUUAAUUUUCAAGCUAGUAUUAACUUGAAUUUUCAAGUUAGUAACAUGAAUUUUCAAGUUAGUAACAUGAAUUUUCAAGUUAGUAACAUGAAUUUUCAAGUUAGUAUGUUUAAUUUUCAAGCUAGUAUGUUGAAUUUAGUAACUUGA